CCAUAUCAGCCGUUUUUUUACCAGACCGCCUCCGCUGAACUUCUGACCUUUGGUCAUUUCGACUCGAAAGAUUGGCUCGCAUCUUAGUAUUGUUUAUCCGAGCCAUCAGCCCUGGCGAUACCGCGCGAACCCAGAAGAUUCGAAAAUCGGGAAACGCUGCACCUGCGGCGAUUGAACAAAGGAAAAACCGGUUGCCACGGGGAUUGGACAACAACGACACAUCGCAUCGCGUGUGAAAAGAGUUGGAUCAGCACAGUUGUCGAUUGAUUUUCACCUGGCGCAGUUUGCCACGCCAACAUGCAGGAGGCCUACGUCAACAUCAACUCCAUUCCCACCCACAUCUUCACCUGGGGCAGGUGGAUCGAGGAGACCAUUACCGAGAAGGAGAUCGUCAUCUGCAUAACCGGCAAUCCGGGUCUGCCUGGUUUCUACACAGAGUUUGCGGGCACUUUGCAAAAGGAGCUGGGCGAUCUUCCCGUUUGGGUGAUAGGACACGCUGGCCACGAUGAUCCGCCAGAGGCCAGCAUUCGAGAGGUUCCGCAGCUCAGCGGCAACGAGGAGCUCUUCAAUCUGGACGGACAAAUCCGGCACAAGAUCGCCUUCAUCGAGAAGUACGUGCCGAGUGAUGUCAAAAUCCACUUAAUUGGCCACUCCAUCGGUGCCUGGAUGAUCCUGCAGCUGCUGGAGAACGAGCGGAUACGGAACCGCAUACAAAAAUGCUACAUGCUCUUUCCCACCGUCGAGCGGAUGAUGGAGUCGCCGAACGGCUGGGUCUUCACCAAGGUGGCCAUGCCCCUGUACUCGGUGUUCGGCUACAUCUUCUUCAGCUUCUUCACCUUUCUGCCCGUGUGGCUGCGCCUGAUGCUGAUACAGAUCUACUUCCUCAUGUUCUCCAUUCCACGGCAAUUCCUGGGCACCGCCCUGAAGUACUCCAAGCCCUCGGUGGCGGAGAAGGUGGUGUUCCUGGCCGACGACGAGAUGGCCCGCGUACGCGGCAUCCAAAGAGAGAUUGUGGAGCAGAAUCUGGACAUUCUGAAGUUCUAUUACGGCACCACCGAUGGCUGGGUACCCGUCUCCUAUUACGAGCAGCUCAAAAAGGACUUUCCCAAGGUGGACGCCCAGCUGGACACCAAGAAGAUCGCCCACGCCUUCGUCCUGCGGCAUUCGCAAGCGAUGGUGGGAAUUGUGCGGGACAUGAUCCAGCAGCAUCGACGCGGAUGAGGUCGAUGGUUUCCCUAGCCCAGAUUAUCAGCCCUGUCCAUUUCCCCAAUCCGUUUCCAACAGACUUGGAAUCCGGAUUAGGCUUGAACAACAAUACCCAUUAGCAAUUCCUCCACUGCCUUCAUGUGGCAAUUAGUUUGUUUUUAUUAGUACCUUUCUGAAGCUCUCGAAGGAAACUCUAAAUAUAGUCAAAAGUGAUUUAACCA